AUGAAGCCUUAUCAUCGCUUCUCCGUUUGCGCCGUUUAGCAUCGCUUGCUGGCCCAUUCGCCGGUGCAAUUCAAUUGGUGGUGAUUGUGGGAAAUCCGAACCGGUUCGGAGGAUGGCAAUGUCGAUGGGGAUGUCGGGAUCGAUGGGGGCGGUGUCGGCAUCGUCGAUGGGGAUCUAUGCUGGGAGGAGCAGGGUGUCGAGGGGGAGGAGGAGCGGCGGCGACGUGCGGUGUGCCGCCUCGACCGGGAGGUUGACGGAGCAGUACCGGACGCUUAGAGUUCAGCCCGGGGCGUCGGAGAAGGAAAUCAAGAAGGCCUUUAGGCAGCUCGCUCUUCAGUAUCAUCCAGAUGUCUGUAAAGGUAGCAAUUGCAGCGUACAGUUCCAUCGGAUCAACGAAGCCUAUGAUAUUGUGAUGAGCAGCCUGAGAGGACCUCAGUUGGAGGAAGAUCGAUGGAACGACGAUGCAGACGAGACGAUGAGGGGAAUGAAUGAUCCAAGCUGGGAUUUGUGGGAAGAAUGGAUGGGGUGGGAAGGGGCUGGUAUCAGAGACUACUCCUCGCACAUCAACCCUUACAUUUGAACAAGCACUUUGACCCCCACAUCCUCUGUUGAUGACUCUCUCUCUCUCUCUCUCUCUCUUUGUGUGUUUGUAUGUGAAUAAUGCACAUAAAUCUCUUCCCAACCUGCUGCAGAUGGUAGUAGGUUGGAUGUGUUUGUUGACAUGAUGCAGAACCCUGCAACCUCCCUUUCCCUCCUGUUAAUGUUGGGAGGAAAUGGUGAUCAUGAAUGGUUGCUUCUGCUUUUGUUUCACCUGUUUAUAUGAAGAAAUUAUGAAAACAGCUUUGCAAGCUCUUCUUA